UAACAUUCGUGUUUUAUUUCCAUACAUGCUGUUUUGUUUUUUAAAUGACUUUAAAAAUAUAAAACAACGUUUUUCAACAAAGUAUAUGUUUUAAUUGAUUAAAUCAUAAACCAAAAGAAAAUUAAUUUAAUAAUUUCGUUGUAUUUCCGUUAGUAGUAGUCUGUCCAGUAGAGGGCAGCGGGCACUUUUCCUAAGUCAAUGAAGCUGCCGUAAAGAGUGUCGCAAUAAAAACAGGAAACGCGGGAUGUCUCCUACUCCCUAUACGGGGAAUUACAGUAUAUGUAUUGCAGUAUAAAGUUUACUUUUGGACACUACUUUGCGUAUCUGUCUAACUUUUUUACCUCCUUUUUUGCUCUCUCUGUCCAUCGAAACGUCUUUUGUCUUUUUCUCAUUUCUGAUGAUGUCACUUGUAGAGCGGCUCGUGACGUUCGCUGUGGAGGAGUUUGCUGUGGCUGCGAGGCAAGAGGUCUGUAACAGACUGAGGGCUUCAUCACUUAGCGAGGAGCAGGUGUUGGCUUUAAUUCAAAAGGUGUUUGAGGUUUUAAUGCUGCAGCUUAAAAGUGUGCUCGAGGACCACCCGGACCUUAACCAAAAUCAAGAUCUAAAAAAGGACCCGAACCUAAAGCAACGUCUGGAAGAGGACUUAAAUCAAAGUCAAGAUCUGAGUGAGAACCUGAUUCAGACAGACAAGAAUGUGAGCCAAGACCUGACACAAAACCAGGAAGAAUGUGACUUUCACUUAGAUGUUAAAGGCCAGUCAAGUUCAACUUCAAAUGACCGAUUUGAGCAGACUUGUGCAACAGCCAGCGAGCGGCGCUUCAGCUGCAGCAUCUGCAGCAUCACUUUCUCCAAACAGACCAAUCUGGUCACUCACAUCAGGGUCCACAACCGAGAGCGUCCCUUCGUGUGUCUUACUUGUGGACGGGGCUUUUCAGCACGAAACAGUCUCCGAGUCCAUCAGCUAACAGUUCACAACGGCCAACGUCCCUUCGUGUGCACCCAUUGCGGGAAGCAGUUUGGAACCCGCAGCCACUUGCGGACUCACCAGGCAUCAGUUGUUCUUCCUGUGAAGUGUUCAUCCUGUGGGGAGAGCAUGGAAACGAAGUGCAGCCUCAGACAACAUAAGCUCAGUUGCCAGAAGACAGACAAAAAGUUCACAUGCACAGUGUGUGGGAAGGAGUUCUCUAAGAAAAAUUACCUGUCUGCACACCAAAAGAUUCAUCUCAAAGAAAAACAAUUCAAAUGUCCAGCCUGCGACAAAGGAUUCACCACACGGCGCAGUGUUCACGUGCACCAACUGAGUGUGCACCGAGGAUUAAAGCCAUUCACCUGUGGUGUCUGCAAGAAGGCUUUCAGCCAGCGGAGUGGCCUUCGAGUACACCAGAUGACACACACAGGUGAGCGACCGUAUGCCUGCAAACUGUGUGGCUACAGGUUUUCCAGUCGCAGCAGUUUGAACGUGCACCAGCGAGUCCACACCGGAGAGAAGGCCUUCACCUGCGACACAUGUGGGAGGAGCUUCAGUCUGUCUGCUAACCUGCGCCGCCAUCAACUUCUCCACUCAGGGAACCGUGCUUUCACGUGCGAGGUUUGUGGUCGCAGCUUCACCCAGGCGGGACACCUAAAAGUUCACCGUGCCGUACACAACUCAGAGUGGGCGUUCAUCUGUAAUGCCUGUGGGAAGGGCUUCAGGCAGCGCGGGGCACUGCUGCUACAUGAGAAACGUCACACUGCAGUCAAACUGCACAACUGCAGAGAGUGUGGUAAAAACUUUUCUUCUUCUGUGUCACUAAAACGCCACCUGCUGGUUCACAGUGGACUGAAGGCUUACUCAUGUAGCGAGUGCAAAAAGAGUUUCACGAGUUCCCAGGCCCUGAAGAGGCAUCAGCAACUGCAUGGCAACCGUAAACCAUUUUCAUGCGACAUCUGUGGAGGCACCUACAGCUCUCUGAGCUACCUGAAAACACACCGCCGCAGCCACCUAGAGGCGAGGCCUUUUAGCUGCGCACUGUGCAAAAAAACCUUCUCCACCCAGGCCAGUGCCGACCUCCACCAACGGACUCACAGUGGUGAGAAACCGUUCGUCUGUGAGUUCUGUGGAAAGAACUUUAGUGUCUCACAAAACCUGGUCAGACACAAACGUGUCCACAGUGGAGAGAAGCCGUUUGAGUGUGACAUCUGCAGGAAGAGGUUCAGUCAGAACAACAACUUGAAGACACACAUGUAUGUGCACACAGGACAGAAACCUUUCAGCUGCACAUCCUGUCACCGGAACUUUGCUGCAAGGAGAAGCCUCCGUGGGCACAGGUGUGUACCCUGUCACUGAAGCAGAAGCACCAGUACUGAUGGAACUAAGGCUCCAAACAGACUCAAAGUGGAUUUCCUAGAAUUCCUCCAAUUUCACGAAGACCAAUGGUUGGUUUUUUCUUUUCUUUUUCACUUAAUUUACUGGUUGGAUGUGCUUCCGUCUUGUUAAGCAUAUCCAAACCUAGUGAUAGUAAAGGAAAAACAAACUGGCAAACAGAGUACCCAGUGUGGACCGGUAUGACAGGGCCAUCCUGUGAGGUUGUUUUUUAUGUUUGGAUUGUGCACUCCCUGCAGGCUCAGAGCCUGGUUGAUUCCCCACUGAUUGGAUUGAUAAUUAAUAGAAUGAUGUUUUCAGUUUAUAAGUAGUUUUUUUUUUUUAUCAGAAAAAAAACACAAGUGAUCUUGAGACAUUUCAAUUUUGUCUAAUUAAAAAAAACUGGUUAUUUCAUAAUGGUUUGGGGCUUAAAUAAACCAUUGUUUGUUUUGCAGGUGUGGUAGUAAGUUGGUAUUCAUGUUUAACUACACGAUUAUUAUUUUCAAUUUGCAAAUGCAAAGUAAUAUAUAUUUAAUUAUAUUCAAUAUUAUAAAGCGGAUCGAACGUAUGAGGUGUUUGUUGCUUUUAUUAUGAACCGGAAGACCGACUCUUUUUUAUUGAUUCGAAUCUUUGACUCUCAAACAGUAAAAUGAACGGGUCGUGAACGAA